GGCAGCAUCACGCUUUUGUUCACUGAUUCCCCAGGGUUGAAGGUUUCAGAUCCCCAAGAUCACUGGCACAAAGUCCCUCAGCUCCCAGGAGGUAUUGUCAUUAACAUCGGUGACGCUCUUUCUGUAUGGACCGGCAAGCAACUCAAGUCAACCAUGCAUCGUAUCUCAUGGGAAAAGGUCCCGGGUGAACCAGGACCGCUACAGCAUGCCGUAUUUCGUUCACCCCAAUUUUAG